AUGCAGGUUGGCCUGGCCCCCCAUAUCCUUGAAGUACGAACAAGCACAGUAGAGCUGCCUCGUCUCUGCAACGUGCGUGUCGGAGAUGACUGGCUCGCGUGCGAGGACCAACCUGGUUCGAGGCAGUUGGUUGCUGGCUCGGCCACGGUGAAGAGCCUGACCGAAGUGGUCUCUGCUGGUGGUUCUUGGAUUGAUCCAUGCCAGAAGCCUAACCUGCCUGCCGCGACCGCCAUUGCCGAGAGCCUCCAUUGUCCAAGCUCUACCGGGUGGGUAGGUAAGUAG